CCGAGCUCCCGGUCCCCGGGCCGGCCGCCCGCGGCGCUCGGUGCCGGCAGGGCGCGCAGGGGGCGGGGGCCGCGGCUCGCCCCCCGCCGAUGAGCCGCCGCGGAGCGCGGGCGGACGAUGGAACUCCACAUCCUGGAGCACCGGCUGCAAGUUGCCAGCGUCGCCAAGGAGAGCAUCCCGCUCUUCACCUACGGCCUGAUCAAACUUGCCUUCCUGUCCUCCAAGACCAGGUGCAAGUUCUUCAGUCUGACCGAGACGCCCGAGGAUUACACCAUCAUUGUUGACGAGGAGGGCUUCUUAGAGCUGCCCUCCUCGGAGCACCUGAGCGUGGCAGGCGCCACCUGGCUGGCACUGAACGUGGUGUCGGGCGGGGGUGGCUUCUCCGGCUCACAGCCCAUCGGCGUGACCAAGAUUGCCAAGUCAGUCAUCGCCCCGCUGGCCGACCAGAACAUCUCCGUGUUCAUGCUGUCUACCUACCAGACAGACUUCAUCCUGGUGCGUGAACGGGAUCUGCCCUUCGUCACACACACCUUGUCGUCAGAGUUCACCAUCCUGCGGGUCGUCAAUGGCGAGACGGUAGCAGCUGAGAACCUCGGCAUCACCAAUGGCUUCGUGAAACCCAAGAUGGUCCAGAGGCCUGUCAUCCACCCUCUGUCCAGCCCAAGCAACAGGUUCUGUGUCACCAGCCUGGACCCUGACACGCUGCCUGCGGUCGCCACACUCCUCAUGGACGUCAUGUUCUACUCCAACGGAGUGAAGGACCCCAUGGCCGCCGGUGAGGACUGCGGCCACAUCCGCUUCUUCUCCUUCUCCCUCAUUGAGGGCUACAUCUCCCUGGUGAUGGACGUGCAGACCCAGCAGAGGUUCCCUAGUAAUUUGUUGUUCACGAGUGCGUCCGGAGAGCUCUGGAAGAUGGUGCGGAUCGGAGGACAGCCCCUGGGAUUUGAUGAGUGUGGCAUCGUGGCCCAGAUCUCCGAGCCCCUGGCUGCCGCAGACAUCCCCGCCUACUACAUCAGUACUUUCAAGUUCGACCACGCGCUGGUACCAGAAGAAAACAUCAACGCCGUCAUCGGCGCCCUGAAAGUCAGCCAAGCAGAGAAGCAUUAGGAGGGCCUCUUCCACUCCUCCCUGUCUGCCCCCCCAGGCCUGGGCCAGGCCCCUCCCCCGAAGAUUCUUCUCACAGUAUUUCUCACGGACUGGAAAAUCGGCCCCGGGGGCCCCCAAGACAGGGCCUCAGGGAGACACCCCCUGAUUGCUCAUCCUGCCGGGCCUGGGGCCCAAGCCAAGGCCUCCCCAUGCCCUCCUGCCUUCCUGGAGCCCCCAGACCCUCCAGAGAACCCCCCCCUCCCCCCAGCCGCUCCUCCUCCCACCACCCCUACUCCAGAAAAUGAUGUCUGAGGCCCAGGGAGUUUGCGAGCCGACCAGCCUUCCCCUCUGGCCUGGCCCACGGCGGGGGGGGGGGGGGGGGGGGGGGGGGGACAGAUGCCGAAGGAAGCAGGCCCCUCCUACGAGACAAUGGGGUUCUGACUCUCGCGUCAUCCUGGGGAGCCGGCCGAGCGGAGCCGAGUUCACGGAGACCAGGGAGACCCCCAUGAGGACCUGAGGCUGGAUGUUGUGGCCGCUGGUCUCCCGUUCCGUCAGCUCCGGGCUGGUUCCCGCAGAGUGGAGGCCAGUGGGCGGCCCUCGGGUCACGCGCUGGGGAGGCUCCGACAAGCAGGGGUGGGGCCCUGAUCUGGGGAGGACCCAGGCCACCCAGAAUUUCACCUGCCAUCCACAGGGCCCGCGCCCCGACUCCCAGCAAGACUGCCAAGGGGGCCCUGUCCACACCCUCCCCGCCAUAAGCACUCACUCCUGGGGGCGGUUCCCAGGAGACCCACCAGCCUGGGGCACGAGCUCCUGUCCCCGCUGCUUUCCCUGGACCCUCCUUGGGCAGGCGGAGCCUUGGUUUCCCCGAAGCGGGGGGCAUCCCCAGCAUUUUGGACCUGGGGUUUCUUGGGUCACCCACACUCCCCAGCAGUUGACUAGACCAGCACAGGGCUCCCCGUUAUCCUGCCCCCUCCCCUGCCCCACUUUUGGGGGGAUGUGGAAGGCCUCUGCCCCCAACUCACCUGCCUGCCCGCCCCUCAGCUGGGGCCUGUGGCAUUCAUGAGUACUUGACCUGGGGGGGCAGCUUAUCUGAGCCUUAAUAGAGAAAACCAUACAGUACGUUUUAGUUUCUUAUUUAAUGUAUUCGCGCCCAGGCUGUGGUCGGCGGCAGUUUCAGGGGACAGGGGACGACGCCUGCUGAGUUCUGUUGGGGGACCCAGAGGCUCAGGGUCCUUUGGCCGACGCCCUGUGGCUCCAGGGACAAGCGUGGGAGUCUGUAGGCGUCACAGAGGUAUUAGCCCUUUCUCUGGAGCAGGAAGCCGGCAGCAGAGGUGUGUGGCGAGAUAGGGGUUCCCGCGGGGUGCCCAGAGGCCACGGGGCAGGGGACAGCCAGGUGGCAGGCCGACCAGGGCGAAUGGGGGUGAGCCCCAAGGCGGCCCCUCCCUCCCUGGUGCUCCUUCUCAGGCGACAGCUGCCUUGCGCUGUCCCUGAGAGGCUCAGAGGAGAAAGGAGGGUUUCUCUGGUGAAGGGCUUGUGUGAGCCCCAGUGCCCUGUUCUCCCAGCGUCGGGGGACCCUCUGAGCCCGGGACGCCCACCAGAUCCUUAAAGAUGCUCGGGGCCCAAGCACUGAUGAGGAACCCACUUUUUUUUUUUUUUUUUAAGUUCAUUCAUGUUGCACAAAACUCUUAAAACAACCAAAACGUGUCCAUCUGUUUGCUGGCUCCAAAACGGGGUGGGGGGUGGCCGAGCGGGCAGGAAAGCACCUGAGACCCCGAGUCCCCUUUCUCUCCUUGGAAGGCCUGGAUUCUCCGUGGCGCGCCUCUCCAGACUCCUUCCCCGUCGGGUCCCCUGAUGAUGUCACUCCUCCACGCUCCCCCCCCCCACCCCCACCCCGCCGAGCAAAUGUGUCGGCCCCGUGACCCCGGAAACGUGUGCUCCCCAGGCCCACCCCCCCCCAGGACGUAUCUAUUGUACACACUUAUAAAUACCUGUGUUUUAUGUUGAUAUAGAUAUAUACUGUAAAUAGCAUAUAUACUUGAGCAAUAUAUAUGUUAAUAUAUACUGUGUGAGCACACACGCGUGUGUGCACAGUACGUGGAUCACAGACCCCGCUGUGUGUGCACGUGUGUGGGCGUGGGGGCCUCCUGCCGCCGCGUCUGCCGUGCACGCGGGCACGUUUUGAGCCACCAUAUAUUUUUAAUUCAAGUAUAUAGGCAAUACAUUAUUCGAGAAGCCCUGACUUGAGAGGGAAAAAAAAAAACCCAGCAGCCCAGGAGCGGAGCCCCAAGACUCCCUCCCCCAGUCUCCCUUGGAAGCUGGAUUCAGCCCCUGCCUGCACCCCCGUUUCCAGGGUCAAGGCCCCGGGCACCCUUGUUUUAUCUGAGGGACGGUGGUAUGGAGGGAGGAGUGUUGGAAUUUCUCGCUCUUGAGCAGAAAGGCCCUGUGACCGUUGCUCUUUGCCCAAAGACCUGGGCAGGUAGGUGGUCCCGCCCUGCUUUCCAGCCUGGGCCCCCCUCCCCUCCCCUCCCCUCCCCUCCCCUCCCCUCCCCUCCCCUCCCCUCCCCUCCCCUCCCCCCUGGCUGACUGCUUACCUGGUCCUUUUCACCGGCAAGCUGAGAAACUUCGGCUUCUUUUCUGAGGCCUCUUCCCGGACACUGGCCCCGUCUAGUCAACAAAAGGACCGAGGCCCUUGACCUUGUGUCCAGGCGGGGCUGGGGCGAGGGCUGGGCUCUCCAGCCGCUUGGGUGUGUUGGCGGCCGUCUGGGCCUGGGCCCCGAGCUGCCGUCUGGAUCUUCCCGUUCCCUGGGCUCCCCUCCUGCUGUGCCCGUGACGAGCAUAGUCAGGGAUUUGGUCUCCACGGCAGUUUGGGAGGGAAGAGUGCCCCACGUUUGCUGGGUGCGGGGGGCUCUCCAGACCCACCAGAGUGGCCUGAGGGACGUGCCAUCGGGGCGGGGGGUAUCUUGGCUCUGGCCGGUGGGACACGUGGCAGGGGCAGGAAAACGGGGCUCCUGAGUGAGGCUGCCGAAAGGUAGGGGUGAGUGGUGGCCCCAACCUGCCUCCUGGGCUCCGGACGUGCAUGUCUUUGCCUCUGUGCCACUCCGCGGUAAGCAAAGCUUGCACCAGCUUAAGGCCACCCUCACCCCUCACCUGCCCCAUCCCUGCACACUAAAGAGAGGAGGUGGGGAGACGGGAGGCUCGACCACCCCCUUCUCCCUCAUCCCCGGCUCAACCCUCAGCAUGGGCUCCUCUGGUUUCCAAGAAACGCCUUCCUCCCUCUGCACCCCUUCCUCCGUGGCGGGCUCCAGAGCCCGGGGCACACAUCCAAGCUGGAGAGGUGUGCAGACUUCCCCUCCCCAGGAUUUGGGGGGUCCAGAGCGUCCCGAGCACCAGCAUCCUCCCCCUGCCACCCACCCCAGGCCACAGGCCCCUGGUGGGCAAGAAAGGAGCCAGGUGACCCAGAGCUGCCCGCCAUGGCCUCCCCCAUCAGACAGCGUGGCCCUGGUGACCAGCGUGGUGUCCAGAAGAAGAUGCGUGGUCUGGCGAAGCUUGUCCCCUGUGAGAUGAUAGAGGGCGGCAGAGAAGGUUCUGGGUUGAUGGGUAGGGUGAGGCCCCUAUCCCAAGCCAAGGGCGCCAUUUGCCUGAUAGUCAAAGAUGAGGCUGUUAGAGGAGUCUUGUGGCCACCCUAGGCUGCCUUUGUGGGCCUCUGGACUGGACUUGGGGACAACUUGGGUUCCCAGCCAGGGUUAAGAGGGACCUUGAGGACCUCUCAAAUGAUAGCCAAGCACUCCUGUGCUCUGUGACCUAGAAAUGUUUGGUACCACUUCCUGAGUGAACACUGAGUAGGGGGUAGGAAGAAACCCCCCAAUAUGUCCAUGCCCUCCUGUGAGCCAGGAGCAGCCCGUCACGGCUGUCACAGACGCUGGGAAAUGGACCUGUUGUGUGGCUGGCUUGGUGAGCAGAGCUUGAGGGGCAAGGAUAACAGAGUCUCCCCCCUCAACCCCAAAGACCAGAGCUUCGGCUUCUCAGGUUUCCCAGACGCUGUGCUGAGGGAGGUGCUGGGCCUGGAGGGGGCGGUAGCCCUCCCUACAAAGAGGCCGCCAGAGGGGAGCCAACCAAGAUGGCCGCUUGGUGGUCAACCCAGCAGAGGGCGGGCUUGGGGAGAGAGGCCCGGGUGGAGGGCAGUUGACUCCUACGCUAGCUAGUCCCUUUUCCUGUGUCUCAGAGCCCAUCCCAGCUCUUUUUCUUUCUUUCAUUUUCAAAGUAGAGGUAACAAAAGGGCAAGCUUAACUGUCUCUUACUCCUUAGACCCUGGGGAGAAAGCCACAGGGUGGGCCGUGGCCUCCAGCUUUGACAUCCACGACCUCCUAUGAAGCCUGCUCUCUUGAGAAGGCGAAGGCAAGGCGGGAGCUGUUGGCUGAGGCAGCCUGCCAUCCUCGGGGCCGAUGGUGCCAGGAGUGGCCCGGGUCAGAGGGAGAAAGAAGCCUGUGGCCUGGACCGCGGCAUCCGUGGUGGGGAGGGCGUUUGAGGCUCUCGGAACAAGGUGGGGAAAGGCUGGGAGGACAGUGUCGUGAGUUCGGCCGCGCGUGUGUGUACAUACACGUGGGAGUGUGCACGUGUCCUACACAUCGGCGUGUGUGCAAAGCCCACAUCCGAGCCAAGGGCCUGGCUCGUUCAGUAUUUUGAGGCCUCAAGGGCAUUCUUACCCGGGGGCUGCCUGUAGAGUUGAUAGGGUGUGGGGGACAGGGAUGUCCCCAGCAGGGGCUCUGCUGUGCCCCACAGACGCCUGGCGGCCCACGCAGCCCAUGCAGCCAGCCCCAAGGGGCUAGACCUGCCGGGCCAGCUCUUCAGGAGCGCCCAGCCCUGAAGACAGUAUUCACGGGGAGACGGGUAGGGUGCCGGUGCCCCUCGCCUACCGGGGGCUCGUCUGCAAAGAGCGUCCAGUGAAGUCGGGGACCAGGGUGGGGAGUGCGGUUGGUGGUGGAUGAAAAACGGGCCAAAUCUGUGUCAAGCCCAGUGCGUUUUCCCGCCCUCUGCCUCGGUUUGCCUAUCCAGAAAAUGGUCCAGGGAGAACUGAGCAGGGUUGGCUCCAAAACUGGGCGGGGUGGAGGUGGGGAGAGGGCAGGGGGCUGACAACAAACAAAAUCCCAAGUCCUUCUCUUGCUCUAUGCCAAAAUUAUUUCCGUUAUCCUGAGAUGGGGGUGAGUGGAUGUUGGGUGCAUGAUGGGGCUCCGAGGGGCCUCUGCCCUGCCCAGGGCCUCGCCUCGGGGGGUCCGGCCCUCACCUGGCAAUGCCCCGGGUCACCAGCAGCAGCAGUGGCACUUAGAUCUGUCCCGGGGCCUGGGCGAGGGGGGAGCACCGGGUGACCCUACGCCCCGGGGGCCCUCACGCUUACUCUUUUUUCUUGAAGAAACACAAAACCCUCGAGAUUCAUGUACUGUAUGACGGAGAAAAAAAAAGUACCUAAUGUUCCCCCCCAAAAAAGACAGUAUAUUUUGUACUUUGUAAAGUGUUAAUUAAAAUGGACAAAAAAACGG